GUGAAGCAGCGUGUAAGAGUAUGCAAUGAUAUCUGAACUUUAAACGGGCGCUUUGUUGUAUUGGUAUUCAAAAUAAAUCGAAGCAUAUAGAAUGGAAGGCAGAGUAGUCGCCUGAUUGAGCGCAUCUCUAUCAUGGACAAUACUCGUGGGAGAGGUAGAGGUCGCGGUAUGCCUCGAGGUAGUGGCUCGCGUGGGGGUCCAGGCUCCCGCAGCUCCUCGUCAUUCGCAUUUGCUCGUGGUUCUGGGCGGGGCCGGGGAAGAGGAAAGGCUCCAGUGCAAGUAUUUGCACCAGAUGUGCCCGUGCAAUUGGACACCCGCCUCGAUGACAGGGAGCUAACAGCUCUUGUCUCGCAAUUUAAAAGGCUUUCGACAACCACCCCUGGCCGCGUUCUGCGCCCUGGGUUUGGGAAACGUGGGGCAGCAAUCACGCUUCGCGCAAAUUUCUUUGCGUUGAAGUAUCCGAAAGACUGCGUCUUAUAUGACUACCCUAUUGAAGUCACACCUCCCGUGAAGAAGGAGGAGAAACGUCUCAGAAAACGCUUGUUUGAUUUGUUUGAGUCGUCGCAAGAGGUUGCACCUCACCUCGGGUACAUUGCCCACGAUGGGAUGCAACGCCUCAUCGCGAAGAUACCCUUGCCGGUCGCCUUUUCCGUAUCGAUCGCGUUUUACGAGGAAGGACGGGCCAGACCACACCCUGGAGGAAAGACGUACGUCAUCAAGCUGGGCGAACCAAAGCAACUGAGGUCAGCAGACCUCGACCGGUAUCUUCAGGGCGACGAUGCACAGUACAAUGCCUCAGACAUCAUAUCAGCUUUUAACUUGGUAACCUCAUUUCAUGCCGAUCGCACAGGUAUUCUAUGUGGAAAGAACCGCUAUUUCUUCCCACCCGAUGUACUGAAAGAGUCUCCCUUUGCUCUUGGGGAUGGUUUGGAGGCGUGGAAGGGAUUUUUCUCCAGUGUGCGGCCGGUCUACAAGAGUCUAAUGGUCAACGUGAACGUUUGCAUGAGCGCCUUCUAUAUCCCACACUCGAAGCUCAGCGAUGCAAUACUAGAGUUUCAGAGGCGUUCACGAGGUGCAGGGGCUCCUCGGAACCUAGAUGGAGGUGUUCGAGUCACGACUACGCAUCUGGGUUAUCGCAAGAAGAACAAGCUUGCUGGUUUUGGUCCACAUUCUGCAAGGAAGACUAUAUUCCAAUGUGAUGAAUAUGGCGGUAAGAUCAGUGUCGAGCAAUACUUCCAGCGAAAGUACAGGAUCAAGUUGAAUCACGCUGACGAUAUGCCUGUAGUCAAUAUCGGAAGCAAGAAGAAAGUCGUCUAUGUCCCAGCAGAGUUAUGUGAGAUUGAGGCAGGCCAGUCAUACAAUGCCGCACUUUCCGCCUGGCAGACAAAACAAAUGAUAAAGGCGGCUUGCAAACCGCCCUACACCAAUGCACAGGCGAUUUCCCAGCAGGGUCUCAAUAUACUUGGACUACGCAAACGCGCAUCGCCGAUACCGGGAUUCGGGAUUGAAAUAUCCACUGAAUUUGCUGUUGUUCCUGGUCGGGUUCUCUCACCGCCUAAGGUCCUUUACCAAUCGGGCCGACCCAAAGUCGCAAACGGUUCAUGGAAUAUAGUAGGCGCGGAAUUCUCGCGUCCUGCUAAUUUCACUCGGUUUGCUGUACUUGUCUUGAGUGACGGCCUUGAAGAAGAUUUUACACGUGCCUCUGACAGUGCGCUAGAGGGCGUCAUCAGCAGUAUUGUAGAGAAGUGCCGUAACAGUGGGAUGGGGGUGGAUGACGAACCUCUUGAUAUAAUAUUUAUUCGGCUUCGCGACGAGUCGGACUCUUUACGCGUUCAAGCCAUCACCGAGGCCGAAGAAUCCAUCAAGAGCUUGUCAAGUAAUCCGAACAUGGUUCUGGUGUUCAUGUCCUCGAAGGAUCCCGUCAUCUACCCUGGCAUUAAGAAACUAUGCGAUAUGAAACUCGGAAUUGCAACGGUCUGUAUGAUUAUGGAGAAAGUGCGUGGCAAAUCGGAUCAGUAUCUUUCGAACAUCGCCCUCAAGAUCAACACCAAGCUCGGCGGGUUAAACCACCAACUACACUCAGACUCUCUGGGCUGGCUGAAGAACACUAUGCUUGUCGGUAUGGACGUAACUCAUCCUACGGCAGUCGGGUGCGUGAAGGGAACUCCAUCGAUUGCUGCCGUCGUUGCAUCGUGCGAUAGUGACUUCAUGCACUACCCAGCAAGCUUGCGUUUGCAAGGACAUAGAGUAGAGAUGAUUAGUAAAGUCAAAGACAUGGUGAUCGAGCGUCUGGAAGAAUAUCACAAGCGUAUGAAUGCUUAUCCGGAACGUGUCGUCGUUUUCCGUGAUGGUGUUUCCGAAGGCCAGUUUAACCUAGUGCUUACCAAAGAAUUGCCCGAGAUAAAGGAAGCCUUCAAGUCGUUUAAGCGUUAUAAUCCGAAGCUGACAAUAGCGAUCUGCGGCAAACGUCACCACACUCGGUUUUAUCCAACUAAAGCGGAGGACGCGGAUAGGACGUCCAACACGAAGGCAGGGACAGUCGUCGAUAAAGGUGUCAACGCAGUCUACGACUUCGAUUUUUAUUUACAGGCGCAUGCUGCACUACAGGGUACGGUACGAGCGACGCACUACACAGUCAUCUAUGACGAGAACAAGUUCUCCGCAGACGAACUGCAGCAGGGUAUUAACGACGUCAGUUACCUAUGGGCCCGGGCAACAAGGAGUGUGAGUUUGAUUCCUCCGGCGUACUGGGCGGAUCGUGCAUGCGAACGAGGCAAACAUUACUUGCACGGUAUUUAUCCUCCACCGAAGAAUAGUCGAGAGAGUAGGAUGGAUGAGGUAGAGAUAGAUCAGAAGGCAAAGGAAUUGUGGGGCGAAGGCAUCCACGAGAAUUUGAAGGGAACGAUGUUCUAUUUGUGAUUAUAUAGGUCGGCAUUCGGAGUCAGGAUUUGUAUAUAUAUAAACAUUUAG